GGCGAAUCAAACAAGAUCAGUCACCAAAGUCAUGAAUAUCCUGCUUUUCUUAGCCCUUUUCAUUACUCAUAGUGUCACAGGCCUCUCAAUAACGGACUUGCUUGACAACAUACCACUUUGUGCUUAUACAUGCCUAUCCGAGGCUCUUGCAUCGCAUGCUUGUCACGACGAGCUAGAGAAGUGCAUUUGUUCGAACUUCGAUCUUCAAGCUCAGUUAUCAGUUUGUGCUCAGAGGUUGUGUUCAUUCGAAGACCAACUGGGCGAUGAUCCUAACUCGACGAUAGUCGCCGUUGCCGUUGAGGCCGAUCUUUGUGCUGCAUACCCGAAGCCAUCAAGAACAUCGGAAGUGCAAAACACGGUUGCCAUUGGCUCUGCCCUGCUGUUCCCCGUGGUCGCAUUAAGGAUAUACUCGAGGAAGAGGCAAGGAGGAAGGCUCUGGCGAGAUGACUACGCUGCACUCACGAGCAUGGUUCUCUUGGUGGUAUUAGCAGGCAUUGACCUUUAUAUCGCCCAGCUAGGUUUUGGAAUGCACUAUUGGACAAUUCCAAUCGGAAACGGACAUUUAAUCCUCAAGUAUUUCUAUAUCGGAUCGAUCGUCUACAUCGUUCUCCAGACCAUCAGCAAAGUUUCUUUCUUACUUCUCCUCGGUCAAGUCUUCCCCGGGCGACGGCUGCAAAAAUGUGUACAGCUGCUAUACGUCGUUCUCGCCUCUCACGGUUGCAUCUAUUCAAUGCUGUUUGCACUUCAAUGCCUUCCGGUGGAGUCAAUCUGGGACCGCCACAUCAGAAGCUCGAAAUGCUUGGAUAUCGUCGCCAUAGCUUAUAGCAAUGGAGCGUUGAGUAUACUGGAGGAUAUAGCUAUACUAAUCCUGCCCUUUCCAGAAGUUUGGCGCCUGAACAUGGGUCGUCGACAUCGUUUAGCAUUACUUUUGCUAUUCAGUGUUGGCUUGUUUGCAUGCAUUACUUCAAUGGUUCGCAUGAACUUCGUGGUUCAGUAUACCGUCACGCUAGAUUCUACAUGGGACAAUGUGGAUAUAGUUAUCUGGUCGUUCAUCGAGCAGAUAACUGUGGUUUUCUGUGCUAGCUUACCAGCGCUCCGGCAGCUUCUGGGUCCCUUCUCAUCAAACAAAGUCAAAAGUUCGAGCCUGCCUGCAGGUGGCAUAACCGUCACUCAGGAGGUGGUGGUUAACCAUGAGCCAAAGGCUGGCCAUCAAGACACGAAGACAAGUCAGGACAUAUGGUGGCAUUAGAUUACAACUGGUCCUAGAGCUAUGUGAGGUCCCCUGCAGCGAUUGGUUGCAUGUCAAAGGACAAAGACGGAUGAGUCUAUUUUCUACGCUGGAGCUCAAAUUUGCGCUAGGAUUAAGUCUCCCCACAAAUGCCAGGGCUAUAUUUUGUUUGGGUAGGAGUAUUUGCAGUGGCAAUACCAAGGGAACGAAGAAAUGUGCAAAGAAGAGAAGUGAAAAAUCUUCGAGUCUCGGUUGACAAAGCCUUUUUGGUGUCUGGAGUGGCUUAGGCAUUGUGGUUUCGCAUUUACUCUUCGCCAUUUCGAAGAGUGCAGCGAUGGAAGGUAACCGAGCAGUAACUGUAUUCGAGGCAGCAAGGCGGAGAUGUGGGAGGGGCUAUGGCUGCCUGGAACUGCGAUUGUGCGGAUGACAUACCAUAUGCCGAAUCACUGGGAAAAUUUUAGCUAAACUUUUCAGUUGAGACAUGCCUACUCCAUCGUUCAAUCAGUCAACUUAGGAGCGUCAAUUCGUU